GCUGAUGGGGCGCUGAUGGGGCGCUACGAGGGGCGGGCGGCGGGGCGCGGGGUGCCGGCGUGGGGCUGGCGCCUCUGCCUGGCCCACCACUUCGGCGAGAAGAGGAAGCCCUACCAGGCCGGCGACGUCUCCCUCGGCGACGCCUUCCACCACCUCGGCCUGGCGCUGCGGUACUUCAAGUGGUGGUACCGCAAGACGCGCGUGGAGAAGAAGCGCCCCGUCAUCGACCUCUUCAACCCGCAGCCCCUGCGCCCCGUCUACGGCUGCCCGCUGGGGGGCUUCGGGGGAGGAACCAUCACGCGAGGAUGGCGGGGGGACUUCUGCCGCUGGCAGUUGAACCCAGGACUCUACCACUACAAGGCCGUGGUGGCUGACCAGUUCACGGUCUGCCUGCGGCGGAAGGGCCACACAGUGUACCAGCAGGUGCUGAGUGUGGAGCGGCCGAGCAGCCUGCAGGGCUGGAACUGGGGCUUCUGCGGCCACUACGCCUUCUACCACGCCCUCUACCCGCGGGCCUGGACCGUCUACCAGCUGCCCGGGCAGGACGUGGUGCUGACUUGCCGGCAGGUAGCUCCCGUCAUCCCCCACGACUACCAGGAUACCAGCUUGCCUGUGGGGGCAUUUCUCUGGGAGGUGGAGAACAACAGCGACGAAGACCUGGACGUCUCCCUCAUGUUCACCUUCCAAAACGGCAUGGAAGCAAAGGAAGACCGGGCAGGCGGGCACUGGAAUGAGCCCUUCAGCCUGCAGAAAGACGGCCACUGCGUCCGGGGCGUGCUGCUGCAUCACUGCCUCCCCAUCAACUCCUACACGCUGGCCAUCUCCGCCCGGGAGAAGGCAGGCACCACAGUGACCCACUUGACAGCAUUCGAUCCUUCCGGCACUGGGCAAGACGUCUGGCAGGACCUCCUGGCAGAUGGGAAGCUGGCAUCUCCACCAGGGAAAAGCAAGGCAACGGAGAAAGGGGAGGCUUGUGCAGCCGCUGUGUGUGCCAGCUGCACGGUGCCAGCCCACGGGCAAGGGACUCUGGAGCUCGGCCUGGCCUGGGAUAUGCCCCGGGUGCGCUUUGGGUCCAAGGAACGGGAGCACCAGAGGAGGUACACGCAGUUCUUUGGCAGCGACGGGGACGCCUGCCCGGCCCUCUCCCACUACCUGCUGACACACUACAAAGAGUGGGAGGAGAAGAUCGAGGCCUGGCAGAGACCCAUCUUGGAGGACAGUGAGCUGCCCCCUUGGUACAAGUCGGCCCUCUUCAACGAGCUGUACUUCCUGGCCGACGGAGGGACCGUGUGGCUGCAGCUGCUGCCGGAGGACGCCUGCUCCCUGGCCGCCCAGCCCGGCCUCUCCCGCCACCUCCCACUCCUGCAGGAGUACGGCCGCUUUGCCUACCUGGAAGGCCAGGAGUACCGGAUGUACAACACCUACGACGUCCACUUCUACGCCUCCUUCGCUCUUGCCAUGCUGUGGCCUCAGCUGGAGCUCAGCCUGCAGUACGACGUGGCUUCUGCCGUGCUGAGCGAGGACCUUCGGCCGCGGCUGUACCUGAUGGACGGGCAAACUGCCCAGGUCAAGCUGUGCAACGUGGUGCCACAUGACAUCGGAGACCCGGAGGAUGAGCCGUGGCUGCGAGUCAACGCCUACCUCGUCCACGACACGGCAGGCUGGAAGGACCUCAACCUGAAGUUUGUGCUGCAGGUCUUUCGGGACUACUGCCUCGUGAAGGACUUGGCCUACCUGCAGGACAUGUGGCCCGUCUGCCUGGCUGCGAUGGAGUCGGAGCUGAAGUUUGACACGGAUGGCGAUGGGCUGAUCGAGAACUCUGGCUUUGCUGACCAGACCUACGACGCCUGGGUGGUGACGGGCGCCAGUGCCUACUGCGGUGGCCUGUGGCUGGCAGCUGUCUGCGUGUUGUGCCAGAUGGCGGAGGUCCUGGGUGCGAGUGAAGUGCAGCAGAAGUAUGUGGCCAUCCUGGCCAAGGGCACGGAGGCCUUUGAGCGGCUGCUCUGGAACGGGAAAUACUACAGCUAUGACAGCAGCCAGAGGGCCUCGUCCAGCAGCGUGAUGGCCGACCAGCUGGCCGGGCAGUGGUUUCUCCGGGCGUGCGGCCUGGGCAAGGGACCCACAGAGGUUUUCCCGCAGGCCCACGUGCUGAGUGCCCUGAAGACCAUCUUUGAGCUGAACGUGAUGGGCUUCUCACAGGGCACGAUGGGGGCGGUGAACGGCAUGCGUCCCUCCGGGGUGCCAGACACCUCCAGCCUGCAGGCGGACGAAGUGUGGGUCGGGGUGGUGUAUGCGCUGGCAGCCACCAUGAUCCAGGAGGGCCUGGUGGAGGAGGCUUUCCAUACCGCCGAGGGCUGCUACCGCACCGUGUGGGAGCGGCUGGGCAUGGCCUUCCAGACGCCCGAGGCCUUUUGCCAGAAGAAGGUCUUCCGCUCCCUGGCCUACAUGCGGCCCCUCAGCAUCUGGAGCAUGCAGCUGGCUUGGGAGAACAGGGCUGCUGGGGCCCCACCCGCCCCGCUUGACUCUUGAGCUGGGGGCACCAGAAGUCCUGCCAGGGGGGCACUCCUGCGGACGCCUGGAGCUCAGCAACCUGGGCACCAGCUGGUGUCCUUCCCUCCCUCCCUCCGGCCCCCCAUGGCCGGAGUGCCCUGCCCCCCAGCAGAGGGUGGGUUCCUGCUGCUGCCCCCUGAGGAGGGAGGGGCCACUGCCUGGGGGGGGCAGCUGCUGCAUGGCUGGCUGGCCAACCUCCAAAGGGACCAACCGGUGUGUAUGAAGGAUCCCCCACUCUGCCCCGCCUCAGCAGCCGCUCCGUGGGGGGCUUCGCUAUCAGUCCUCUCUGUGCCCUCCCCACCCCCAAAAGCGAGAGGGGCUUCCCCUGCUGCGCCCCACCCUCCUCUCACCCCCACUCCUUUGAUUUGCACACAAUGUCAAUCAAGCCUGGUACAAUCUGGUUUGCUCCGGAGUUGUUUUUAGAUGUGGACUAGUUUUAAUUUAAAGCAAAUAAAGAACUGGUGAAGGAG